UGCCCACCGACGUAGGCGCCGCGCCGCCGGGCGACUAUAAACAGCAGCCGGUGCGAGCUUUCGGCACUCGCUCUCAUCAGUCGCUCCGACUCAGGAACCAGAGCAUCAGCGGAGAUAGCAAGGAACCGUUCGCCUCCUUACGGCUAACUCGCUUUCGUCUUUGGUUCGGAAUGGAAACUUCUGCCUUUACGCGGAGCCGACGAAGCUCCAUGGCGCAUGACUUUAAGAGUGGUCUCUCGCUCUGGCUGGUGGUCUGGUUGGUUGUGGUUAAGCCUGCACCUGUGCAGAGCUGCCCACACCUGUGCGUGUGUUACCCAUCUCCCAUGACCGUGAGCUGCCAGGCGCAGAACUUCACCUUUGUUCCAAGCGGUGUCCCCUACGAGUCACAGCGCGUCUUUCUGCAGAACAAUCGCAUCACAGAGCUGAGAGUGGGCUCCUUUGGCUUUGGGACUCAGGUUCUGUGGCUCUUCUCUAACAACAUUACCUGGAUUGAGGCUGGUGCUUUCAGUGAGCUACGUGAUCUGGAGGAGCUGGAUCUGGGUGAUAACCCUCACCUGCGCCGCCUGGAGGGUGGAGCUUUCCGUGGGUUGGAGAAGCUGCAGAGUCUCCACAUGCAUCGCUGUCGUUUGGCCGCCCUCCCCCAUGACAUCUUCCACAAUCUCUACAGCUUGCAGUACCUAUAUCUGCAAGAGAACCAGCUCCACUUCCUCCAUGAUGACCUGUUCGCUGAUCUUAUCAACCUCAGCCAGCUCUACCUGCAUGGCAACCGCAUCCGCACGCUGUCCGAGAAUGUGUUCCGUGGCCUGGUCAACCUGGACCGCCUGCUGCUGCAUGACAAUCGCAUCCGGCAGGUCAACCGCCGCGCCUUCCGUGACCUGGGCCGCCUUACCAUGCUCUUCCUUUUCAACAACUCAUUGGCUGAGCUGCCCGGCCAGGCAAUGCGUGAUGUGGAGUCCAUCGAGUUCCUGCGGCUCAACAACAAUCCCUGGGCCUGUGGUUGUGAGGCUCGUCCACUCUGGGAGUUCUUCAGAUCCAACCGAGUCUCCAGUUCUGAGCUUCUCUGUGCCUCUCCUGCACCCCGCCGUGGCCUGGACCUCCGCUUCCUGCGUGAGAUGGACUUUGCCCUGUGCCCCCUGCCAGACCCUGGCUCCCUGGCUGGAACCACCACCACUACCUUCAGCACCAAGACCCGCUGGUGGUUCUCAAAACACAAGCCUGUCAGCUCCACCAAGGGUAUCUUUGAGAAGAGCUCAGAAAUCGUGAAAGCCCAUCCCUACUCCGGUGGCAAACCUUCAAUCACAUCUACAUCCACAAAGUACGAGCUGGGCGAGGAAGAGGCACUGCUUCCUAAGUUGGAAAAAGAAGAGUAUUGGGCCAACUAUGGCAAUGAGGAUGCAGGUAUCACCUCGCUGCGCUGCUUUGAAGUGGAAUGCCCUGACUUUGACACCAUUCCCCCGUUCUCUUCUUCAUCUACUUCCUUACCUUCCACUCUCUUGCUAGUUGUUAUGUCCAUCCUGACUGUAUCUAUCCAUCUCCUCUUUGGUUGAAUCUUUGUAUCUUAGUAAGGGAUCUUGAUCCCACAUUGCUUCUUCCCCUCUUUGGAGGAACGAAGACCCCGUUUACUCAAUCUAACUCUCAUAUACCUGAUUCCUGUUUAACUUCUACCUGACCUGUAUCUCUGUUCUGUUCAGUUUGAGCCUCUAGGCUAUCUAGGCAACUAGAGGGCACUACACUGAUUUAGGAUACAGUAGGGGAAGCAGGGAAUUCAGGGCAGGUACUGCAGUGCAGGCCCUUAUCACAAUGGAAGGUAAUGAUAGCUACUACCAGAAGGCUUUGUUAGUCAACAGGUACACUGUCCUCCUUCCUUGUGGACAUUUCAUAUAUAUCACAGUCUGUAUGGACUGGGGAUAUAUGGUUCCAUCCUAGAUUUAUGUACAACAUUUGUAUACUUCUGCCAUUUUUGGCUGCUAUUAGUGCUAUUUUGGCUAUUGUAAAUGCUGCUUGUGAUGGUCCUAUGACUAUAACUGUCUUUAUAAUUGCAGCUAAUACUGUUACUCAAAGUGCUACAGUUUCAGUGCUACUAUUGGCACUGCUUACAGUAAUGUUAGGUAGACAUGAUUUCAAACACUAUACUGGUUUUAUCAGUUAACGGUUUUAACAGUUCUUCAGAUUACAUUACAUUUUAAUCAAUAGAUGGACUGUCCAAUGUCAGUCAUUAUAUAACAUAUGUCAAAGGAUAUCAAAAAGAAAGGAUACAGGGAAAGGAGAGUGAUGGAGUGUGACAGCACAAAGAAAAUGUGUCAGCAGUGGUGAGGAAAAGGUCUAUGUAAGAAUAAUCAGAAAAAAGAGAGAAAGACAGCAAGUAACAUAUGGAGAGAGCAAGACAGACAGAGACAGAGAGAGCAAGAGAGAGAGAAUAAGACAAUAUUUCUAAGACAGAGAAAUGCAGGAAAACACUUGUCUUUUGUCUUCUCAUUUGUUUCUUAACAGCAAUUAAGACAUCAGAAACAUCCUGUAAAUAUAUCAUGACAUCAUCAUCAACAGGAAAGCUGUACAUAGUGCAAAGAAACAUGUUGUCUCAUGUUUACUGAUCUGUUGGUUUAUGUUUACUGAUCUCAGAUUUGUUCAGAAUGUGAUAUAAUUUCUUUUGUCAGUGAUUGAUAAGAUCAGCAAGAACUGAUGUGAAUGAAUUUGCUUCAUGUAUUUUAUGUUAAACUUUGUCAUGGACAUUUUUUUUUCUUCACUUUUUUGCUUUUUUUAAACAAAUAUAAACAAAUUUGUCUAUUAAUUUGCUCACUGUGAGACUCUCCUUUUCACCUCUUAGACCUUCAAAGCUUGUAUAACUUCAUACCUAAAAACAAAAACACCAUUAUAUGAGAACCUCAUACCAAGACUACAACUAACCAACUAAUCUAUCUCCCAAAAGGCUUUCAAUCAAUGGAUAAAAAAAAAAUUAAUUCUGAAGAAAAAUCGAAGACUUGAAAGAAAUCAGUGAGAAUGUACACAAAUACUCAAACAGUGUGACUGGACUGAUAGUAGGAAGAAGAGAGUUGACUAAUGAACUGACUAAUGUCUUGACAUUUGGCACUUUGUCCAACACCAGAAACCAUUGUGUUAGAGAAUAUUACUGGUGAUAUUAGGGGAUGGGGUGUUACAUAGGAGGCUGAAGAAGGCAGUUAAUCUAUUGUUUGGUUUGUUCACCUAUACAGUCCUACUUUCCUUCUUCAAAUUCAUGUAGGAGUAAGCAUACAAUUUCUCUUCUCGAUCAUCUUCUCUUCUCACAAAAAAACUUAGCAUUUGAACUUUCUCCAGAUGUGCUAUUGAAUCCUUAGGGUGUUUAUUCCUCACUUUCUCACUGUCUGCCUGAAGAGGUGUCAAGGAUCCAGCAACGAGAGAGAGAGGAAGAGAAAAUUUUAGAGGGAAUUGGUUGUCUUUAAUGUAGUGCAGAAAUGGAACUGUUAAGGUGAAAAGAGCAAGGACACAUGAACAGAACAAGAGCGAUAGUGUGUAUGAGAGAGAGAGAGAGAGAGAGAGAGAGAGAGAGUGGGGAGUAUAAAGCAGGGGUGGAUGUGGGUGGCAGUGUGAGAUAGAGAAAUGCUCAGAGGAAAACAGAGAGAUGUACUGAGAUGAGAAAAAAAAAACUUAAUGUCCUGCAGCAUCACAUGCUGAAGAUGUCUGACUGAGCGAUCAACUGAGAGAAGUGUGAUGCAAGAGAACAUUUAUUAUCCCGAACCUCAGGUAGAAUUUUAUUUUAAAUAGAUAGCAUUUUAUUUUAACGGUCUGUUUGAGCAAUAUUCUCCCUUGUCUGUAAUUGUGUUUUCACAAGAGGUUUGAUUGUUGUCAUGACAAAGUUAGUCUGUGCAUUCUUGAUUUAUUUUCAAUAUGUAACAUGUUAUGGAUGUAAUGCAAACUACAGCUAUAAGGGUAUGGUCAAACUGCAAAGAGGUGCUCUCGGGGGACCUUGGAUUUUAUUCUUCAGGGCUCUCAUAGAUGACCAAAGCUUAGUUAUACCUUUUAACCCAAAGUAUGUGUGUGUCUGUGUGUGAUUGAACGAAUGAGUGUCAACAAAUAAAUGCUGUUUUUUCAGCAAAAUGAGAAAUAAAUGACUAUCUCUGCUUUUCAACUUAA